UAGUCCCAUGUGCUGAUUUGCUGGGUAUGCUGGUGUAUUAAUUUUCGUUAGAAAUGGAAUUAUACCGUCAAAAUGAAUUCCAAGCGCUGAAGGAGGAGAAUUCUCGACUGAGGCUACUGCUUGAAAAAUAUGAAUUGGAAUCGAUGAAAGCUAAGACAGAGCAUGAUUCAAGCAACGGCAUGUUCGCUGAAAAGAGUUCAAACAUCUCCAAUCUGGAUAAUGCUAGCAUCAAGAGAUAUAGCAGACAGCUCAUACUACCAGAACUAGGAGUCAAAGGUCAGCUGCAGAUUACUAAUUCUUCAGCAUUGAUCAUUGGUGCUGGUGGUCUUGGUUGCCCAGCUGCUGUCUAUCUUGCUGCUGCUGGUAUUGGUCGACUCGGGGUUGUGGACUACGAUGAGGUAGAACUGAGUAACCUUCACAGACAGAUCCUCCAUACAGAGCAGAAAGUGGGAUGGUCCAAGUCAGAAUCUAUCAAGUCUAGUGUUAAAAACCUCAAUUCAUCAGUGCAAUGUCAAGCCUACCAAGUGCAGCUAGACAGAGGCAAUGCUAUGGACAUCAUCAGACAAUAUGAUAUGGUAUUGGACUGUACAGACAAUGUUGCUACAAGGUAUCUACUAAAUGAUGCAUGUGUGCUCUCAGGGAAGCCAUUGAUCUCUGGAAGUGCUCUCAGGUUUGAGGGACAGCUCACUGUAUAUAAUCAUGAAGGGGGUCCGUGUUACCGAUGUUUAUACCCCAAACCUCCCCCAGCGGAGACGGUCACCAACUGCUCUGAAGGUGGUGUAUUAGGAGUAGUUCCUGGAAUCAUUGGUUGUAUACAAGCAUUAGAAGCCAUUAAAUUGGCUGCUGGUAUCGGCACGUCAUACUCUCAGAAGCUAUUGGUAUUUGAUGGCUUAGAUGGUACAUACAGGACUAUCAAACUAAGACCUAAAAAACCAACAUGUGUUGUGUGCGGUGACAAUCCAUCGGUGACACAGCUCAUUGACUAUGAAGAAUUCUGUGGUGCCAGCGCAACCGAUAAGUGUAUAACAUUACAUCUUCUGGAACCCAAAGAUAGACUUAGCCCUCGGACCCUUGCCAGUAAACUCCUCAGCCAAGACUCGUCUUCUCGUGUCCUACUGGAUUGCAGACCUGAGAUUGAAUUUGAAAUCUGUAGAUUACCAGACAGCAUCAAUGUCCCAAUUGAUGACAUCGAGAGUGAAAAGGGUAUACCCAGAUUAAAAGAAAUCAUCAGUAAUCAGCUUGUUAAUCAACAUGAAAAUUCAUUUCCAGUUUAUGUUGUAUGCAGAAGAGGUAACGACUCACAGAAAGUAGUCCUCAAGCUACGUAAGGAGUUAGACUCUUUACCAGUCACUGUGAAGGAUGUUUGCGGAGGAUUGACUGCAUGGGCUAACCAAGUAGAUCCAGAUUUCCCACAGUACUAAUGCAAGAUAAUGGGUGCUCUUUUUAUAUAUUUCUAUAUAGCUAUCUUCUGUUUCAUAUAUUUUUUUGUUGGUCACUCGAUCUAAAUCACAUUUUGUACAUUCUCCUCUCCCUGGGGAUCAUUAUACUAAGCACUGUCAGUGAUCUGUUGUGCAAUGGGAUCCAAAAAUUUAAAGCACAACUUACCUGCAAUAUAUUUAUGUAGAAGGGAAGCGAUUGGUGAACGUGUUGGGGUUUUAUCCUAGCCUCCAC